GAAGUGACGCGGACGUCAAUAAGAAGCAGACAUAAGCAACAGUGUGUAACGCAGCACAGUUCAUCCCUCUUUUAAUCUUUUAAAACAAAAAAAAUACGACAUGUCUUCGGACUUUGAAGCGUACGAGCAGGACUUUGGCACCCUCACCGCGGAAAUAACCAACAAAAUUGGAAGAAUACCCAAACUAGCCGGUGAGGAGAAGACACAGCUGGUUCUAAAUGUCGACAAACAGCUUGAAGAAGUCAGAGAGUUGCUCGAGCAGAUGGACCUGGAGAUUCGAGAGAUCCCUAUUCAGAGCCGAGGCAUGUACAACAGCCGUCUGAAGAGCUACAAGCAAGAGAUGGAAAAACUUGAGAAAGAUUUUAAAAGGUCACGUAUUGCCUACAGUGAUGAGGUGCGGAACGAGCUCCUAGGGGAUGGUGCGAGCUCCUCAGAGAGUCAGUUGAUAAAGUUACGUGAAGAGAGAGCACAUCUGUUGGACAACACAGAGAGGCUGGAAAGGUCAUCUCGGAGGCUGGAAGCUGGCUACCAGAUAGCGGUGGAAACCGAGCAAGUGGGACAGGAGAUCCUCACCAACCUUCACAUUGACCGCGAGAAGAUUCAGAGAUCCCGCGAUCGGCUGAGAGAGACGGACGCCAACUUGGGCAAGAGCUCUCGGAUCCUGACCGGCAUGCUGAGAAGGUAAGAGGAAGGAUCAUUCAGAAUCGUAUCCUGGUCUUCAUCCUGGGUGCCAUCCUCCUCCUCACCAUCGUCUUGGCCAUCUAUUUUAAUUUGCGAGGGCAGUGAUCUCCACUGACUGGCCCUAUGCGUGCAUGUGUGAGUGUGUACAAGCGUGUGUGUAAGAUUAAUAGUGACAAAAGCGUUGGGCUGGAGUAAUUAGGACAAAUUGUUCACAUGAAUCAUUCCUGGUGGGCAGUGACAGGGGGCCUCUCCUCGCUGCUCUCGAGCGGAGCGGGACCGUUCUCACCCUCUCUCCCCUUAUAUUUAUGCUGCGUCCAUUACUUUUAAAACUUACUGACCCCUAGACAAACCCAACACGGAUGUGUGGACAAGAGGACAAUGAUGAGGACAUCAGAUGGAUGAAGAACGUGAAGACGAACAUCAGCUUAUGUCAUAACCUGCAGUUUAAUGUUUAGUUUUCUUUUUCUCUAAAGCUACUAGUAAAAUCCCAUCCAUCAGGUGUAUGUGUGUGUGUGUGUGUGUGAGCUGAACACAAGGCAGGCCCAUGGUGCAGUACCAUUUAGCACAUGGUGCAGAAUCACACACUACACACAGCCCAAAGGUCACGCGCCCGUCUCUCAGUCCCCCUUCAUCCAGGAUUAGUAGCUUCUCACGCUGUUCCUCUAAGGUCAGCAAAGACCUCGCAUGUGUUUAGUUAAACCAGCAGGACUGCUUUGAACAAGAAAACAUCCAUGUCCACUUUUACCUUUACUAAUCAAAUCUGACAGCAUGAUAGUAACUGUAGUCUGUCGUACUAAUAAGAAAUGUUUCUUGUAUUUAUUUGUCGUUUCAGAUGAAUUGUGAUGUAUUGUUAUGUUUUAUUUUUUUGCUGUAACUUUCUUUCGAUUUAUCUGGAAUUUGUUUUAACCAUUAGUACUUGACAUUAAAAUUAUAUCAAUUGUCUCUACUGUACAAUGCUGUUGCAAAUGUGCUUUAUUGUUCCUAUAGGGGGAC